CCCUCUGCGAGCAAAGCUCUAGCUGUCUGCAGGGACCCGGUGCUGCGCGUCUCCUCCUGCAUCCUCUCCGUCCUCCUCCUCGCCGUCUCCGUCAUCGACAAGAAGACUGCUUGGUACGAGUCCCUCAUCACCAUCAUCACCAUCGUCAUCAUCGUCAUCAUCGUCAUCGUCACCACCACCACCAGCAGCAUCAGCAUCAUCAUCACGUACAACAUCAACAUGCUGCUCUUGUGCCUCCGGACACGCCGUUCGGCCCUCUGCGAGCAAAGCUCUAGCUGUCUGCAGGUCGACCGGUCAAGACACCGUCGGGGUCAUCAAGGGCGAGCUGCAGCUGCUGCUGCCGGGCCUCAAGAUCUUUCUAGACGUGGAUGAUCUCAAGGAUAUUGGGGUUUUGUCGAGAUCCGGAGAUCUUCCUCUCGACUUGAUCCCCCCAAAAGCGUAAAAUCAUCCUUGAGAAAGCGAGCCGCUGCGACCGUCCCCGUCGUCGUCCAGUGCCUCCGCGGCGGGCGGAUAGAUGCGACGUAUGCGGCAAGAAGACGCAGCUGCCGGCUGGUACUGGAACGACGACAGGAGCAAGAAGGCUUGCCAUAUUCGCGAUUGCAUGCGGGAAGUCGGCGCUCUGCCGCCGCUCGCCAACGCUCGGGCGGGUCAACAGACGCAGCCUUGCUGGAGAUUGAAGAGGUGCUCGGCAUGCGCUACUGUGACCCGAGCCAGAUGACUGCGGUGGCGCUGAAACCUGUCGAUGAAGACGACGAGCGCUUGGAGUACCUUGUCUCUGGCAGGUUUGGCAGUGGUCCCGACGACUGCGGCUUCCACUUUGUAGCUUGGGUCUUUGAUGGCGAUCUCCUGGACCAUGUAGAUGCGGAGGAGGUCAAGUCAGCGAUGCAAGCGUACAAAAAUCGGAUGAACAAGGAGUUCGCAGCGCUGGCGGAUGCAUGCGACGCUGACAUGUAGCCGUCCCGGCACCCUGCGUGCGUGCGUGUGAUAUUCGACCGGAUCGUGAGCGUUGUGAGGCCGCGACUCCGUGCUUAGCGAUAGGCAGGCACAUCAUGUGGGUACUCAGGAUCACUCGUAUGAUGAUGUCAGCACGUAGCU